UCUAUUUUUCAUGGCACAGUUUCACUUCUGUUACCAUCCAAAACAGAGCACCGUCAGCCACCGAAGCUAAAUAACAUUCGCCACGUUCGACCAAGCAGCGUGAAUGAGGUGCAAAAAUAAUCACUAACAAUGAUUCCUUACACGGUCAACAUCAAACUCGCAGCCCGGACGUUGACUGGCACUCUCAAUUUGCAGAAUAAAGCCGCAGUAGAUUGGGGCUGGCAGGGGCUGAUAGCUCAGGGAUGUCACUCAAGCAUUCUCAUCAUUGAUCCAAAGACAGCACAGAUCAUCCAAGUGCUGGAAAGGCACAGAGCCAAUGUGGUCAAGGUGAAGUGGUCGAGAGAAAAUUACUACCAUAACCUGAGCUCGCCCUACUGUUUGCGGCUGGCCUCAGGAGAUGCCUCAGGGAAAAUCAUAGUGUGGGAUGUUGUUAGUGGCACUGCCCAUUGUGAGAUACAAGAGCACUCCAAACCCAUCCAGGAUUUGGAGUGGUUGUGGAAUCAGGAUGUGUCUCGUGAUCUGUUGUUAGCCAUACAUCCACCCAACUACAUUGUUCUGUGGAAUGGAGACACAGGAACCAAGCUGUGGAAGAAGAGUUAUGCUGAGAACAUCCUGUCCUUUUCUUUUGACCCAUUUGACCCCUUCAACAUGGCAUUGCUGACGAGUGAAGGAAUAGUCUUUAUUACAGACUUUUCUCACGCAAAACCACCAGGAAGUACGGGGAAAAAAGUUUACAUUGCCAGCCCCCAUGCAAGCCCCGCCCACACCAAACCUGCACCCACUGCUGCACCAGCUCCUACCGGUGCCAAGAAGGCUCUCAACAAGGUCAAAGUGCUAAUCACCAAUGAAAAACCCACUGCAGAGGCAGUGACGUUAAACGACUGUCUGCAGCUGUCUUACCUGCCUUCCAAAAGGAACCACAUGUUGCUCCUUUAUCCCAGAGAGAUCCUCAUCCUAGACCUAGAGCUCAGCCAAACAGUGGGAGUAGUGGCCAUUGAACGUUCUGGAGUGCCCUUCAUCCAGGUAAUCCCCUGUGCCCAGAGAGAUGCUCUAUACUGCCUCCAUGAGAACGGAUGCAUCACCCUGCGAGUGUGCCGCUCCACUACAUCUCCAGAAGAUGCAACAGGAGUAGUGGACCCAGAACAAAGUACCCAGGAGCUUGUGUAUGACCUCCGCUCUCAGUGCGAUGCUAUCCGUGUUACCAAGACUGUUCGACCAUAUCGCAUGGUUAUCUGCCCUGUCAACGAAAACAAUGUGGCUCUCAUGGUCAGUGACGGUAGAGUCAUGCUUUGGGAGCUCAAAGCCUACACAGGCAGAGCUGCUGUCAACCAAAGUUCAGGGCUGUCACCACUGUACUCCCCAGUGUUCUUUUGUGGAGCACCUCUGGGCCCAUACCAGAAACAUAUUCAGAAUCUCUCUCUCAACAGCAUGAUAGGUCAGACCUUGAUAGCUGGAGAGGCCCCUCUGCCAUCAUCCAACCAGAAAGAAGUCCAGCUUAAAUUCUUGUUAACUGGCCUUGUCUCUGGUUUGCCGCUGCCACCAUUUGCCAUCCGCAUGUGUCCACCUCUUACCACCAAAAACAUCAACCACUACCAACCGAUGCUGGCUGUUGGCACCAGUAAUGGGUCUGUACUGGUCUACAACCUUACCAGUGGUCUACUGCACAAGGAGCUCAGUGUCCACUCUUGUGAAGUCAGGGGUAUCGAGUGGGCGAGUCUCACCAGUUUCCUAUCUUUCGCCACAUCGUCUCCCAACAACAUGGGCCUGGUUCGAAACGAGCUGCAGCAUGUUGAUCUGCCAACAGGCCGGUGCUUUGCAUUCAGAGGAGAACGAGGAAAUGAUGAGCCACCCAUUGAGAUGAUUAAAGUGUCUCAUCUCAAGCAGUACCUGGUCGUGGUGUUCAGGGAGAAGCCCCUGGAGCUGUGGGACAUCAGGACGGGGACGCUUCUACGAGAGAUGGCUAAGAACUUCCCUACUGUUACAGCUCUGGAAUGGUCCCCAUCACACAACCUAAAAAGUCUAAAGAAGAAGCAGAUGGCAGCGAGAGAAGCCAUGGCUCGGCAGACUGUGUCAGAUGCGGAGCAAAAUAUUGUUGAGUCCUCAGUUAUCAGUCUGCUGCAGGAUGCAGAGAGCAAGUCUGAGACCAGCCAGGCCAUAUCAGCCAGGGAGCAUUUUGUGUUCACUGACACUGAUGGACAGGUCUACCAUAUCACCGUAGAAGGCAACACUGUCAAAGAUGGUGCCCGAAUUCCCCCUGAUGGAAGUAUGGGUAGUAUUGCCUGCAUUGCCUGGAAAGGUGACACAUUGGUGCUUGGGGAUGUGGAUGGAAAUCUCAACUUCUGGGACCUUAAAGCACGUUUGUCCAGGGGAAUACCGACUCAUCGCGCCUGGGUGAAGAAAAUACGCUUUGCACCAGGAAAAGGCAACCAGAAACUGCUGGUUAUGUACACUGAUGGAGUAGAGGUGUGGGACACCAAAGAGGUUCAAAUGGUCAGCAGUAUGCGGAUUGGUCGCAAUGUUAACUACCGGGUCCUUGACAUUGACUGGUGCACUUCAGACAAAGUUGUGUUGGCUUCAGACGACGGCUGCGUUCGUGUGCUGGAGAUGGCCAUGAAGUCUGCUAGCUAUCGUAUGGACGAACAAGAUUUAACUGACUCAGUGUGGUGCCCUUAUUUGCUGCUACCACGAGCAGCCCUUACUCUCAAGGCUUUUCUCCUGCUGCAGCCCUGGUCAGGAACCUUCACAAUGGACAUCACACAAGUAGACUACAAUGAAAAAGAUGAGAUCAAGGGCCUAAUUCAGGAGCAACUCAAUUCAUUGUCAAAUGAUAUGAAGAGUGUGCUGCAGGACCCAGAGCUCAGCUUGCUGCAGCGCUGUCUGCUGGUCUCACGGCUGUUUGGAGACGAGUCUGACCUUCACUUUUGGACUGUGGCUUCACACUACCUCCAGUCAUUUGCCCAGGCUCGUCAGCUCAGUGUAGCCACAGCGGAGGGCCAGGUUCAAAGUGAUUUAGCCCAGCAGUCUCCUCAGAAUCACCUAGACAUCUGCAAUGACGUGCUGUGUGAGAGCUCCUAUUUCCAGAAAUUCCAGUUGGAUCGUGUGCACCUGCAGGAGGUGAAGCGCUCCAGUUAUGAGCAUACUAAGAAAUGUGCUGACCAGCUUCUUCUGCUUGGCCAGACGGACCGCGCUGUUCAAUUAUUGUUGGAGACGAGUGCAGACAACCCCAGCUACUACUGUGAUUCACUCAAGGCAUGCUUGGUGACCACAAUCACCUCAUCUGGUCCUUCCCAGUCCACCAUCAAACUUGUGGCCACUAACAUGAUCGCCAAUGGCAAGCUAGCUGAGGGGGUGCAGCUGCUGUGUUUGAUUGACAAGGCUGCGGAUGCUUGCCGCUACCUGCAGACCUACGGGGAAUGGAAUCGUGCCGCCUGGCUGGCUAAGGUGCGUCUCAGCCCAGCAGAGAGUUCAGACGUGCUGAAGCGAUGGGCAGAGCAUCUGUGCUCCCCUCAGGUCAAUCAGAAGUCUAAAGCCAUUCUGGUGCUGCUAUCCUUGGGCUGCUUUAACAAAGUAGGAGAGAUGCUGCACAGCAUGAGGCACUUCGACAGCGCCGCCCUCUUUAUCGAAGCCUGUCUGAAAUACGGGGUCAUGGAGGUCAACGACUCGUCUAAUAAACUCAUCGAGGCUGCGUUUUUGGAGUACGCACGGCUGCUGCGCUCGCUUGGCCUACGAGAAGGAGCGGCUCUCUGGGCAUCGCGGGUAGGUACCGCGGGGGAGCAGCUGAUGGAAGAGUUGUUCAAGGGGGACGGAGGAGGGCCAGAAGUCACACUUAAUGAUGAUGAAGCCAAGCUGGCGACUGACGCAUGAGGAUGAACGGAUUACGUUCGGAAAAUAAACCUUUUUUCCGUGGAACUGUGAUCAUCUGCAUCGUUAGAAGACAGAAGAGUUUCCAUUUUGUCAUUUAUUGCUUGUUUCGGUCUACCCGCAUCUGUGGCUGGGGCAGGAUUGACAUUUCGUAAUGUUUGUUUUUUGUAAUGGUGCAAACAUUGUUGUUUGUGGGCAGCUGUGUUUGCAUGCUGCUGCCUUUAAAGAUUAUAUGUUAUUUUCCCAAAAGGUAAAGUAAUGCACAUUAUUGUUCACAGUGACGUCUGACUAUAGAAUUUAACUCAUUUUUUAUAGUGGUUAUUGCGUGUGCGUGUGUUAAUUAGUGUAGCAAAAUGUGCUGUUCUGCUGCUGUGAUGAAACGUAUGUGUUAUUUGCACCCUCCAAUAUUUUCAUUUUGAGUAUGCACUCCCUUAAGGAAAGAUUACUCUCACUGUUAGCUCAUUCCACCAAAAUAUUGCACUUUCUAAUUGAACCUAAAUGAGAAUAAUAACUUGCAAGAGCUGAGGGUGUCAGUGUUGCUCUGCAAAAGAAGGCUUGAAAUUAAGCGACCAAACAUGCAUAAUCCAUUCCUAUUUGAAACUUACUUGUACAGUCAAGCCUAAAAUUAUUCAUAGUCAGGUCAACUUUUUGUUAGUUUUCAUUGCUGAAUUUGUUGAAUAACUAUUUUAGUUGAAAAUGCAUGAGACAAAAGAAAUACAUUUUCAGUAUUUUCUUACAUUCUGUCAGAAAGUUCCAUAUCCAAAACUAGUUACAGGUGUUAUACAUUAAUACAGGCAUAUCCAAUGUGUUGCAGGUAAGUUCCUAAAAAUGGUGUCCAAACAUUUUUCCACUUGCAUACAGAAAGAUUUUAAAAUGCAGAUUUAUGUUAAAUGAGACCAAACAAAUUGUAUGUUGGAUAGAUGUUUACAUUCAAUAUGUCAACAUAUUUCAGAUAAUCGAGUUGGUAAUACACACUCCACGUGCUUGUCGGGGUGCCCUGCAAAUCGGAAUCUUGUUCCCCUGCAAAUAGAGGAGCUGCUUGCAUUUGAUUAACGAGUAAAUAUCUGACACCAGAUACACGUCCUGUCUUUCACUUUUAAAGCGUACUGCACUGUGUGAAAAUUCCGUACAACUUGUUUGCGUGCCGAAAAUUCUGAAUACGAUCGUUCAGAUGUAAUCUAGAUCUGACUAAUAUAGGUCUAUGAGCAUGAACUAAUAUGAAUACAUUUACCGUACACCCCUUGUGUUUACAAGGGGUCUAAAUACUAAUCCCUCAUGGCACGUCUUCUUAUUCUCUGGCAGACCAAAGGCCUCAUUAAAAAAGUUGUUGUGCACAAAAAAGUUGGGUCUUUAGGGUUGAAAUGUUUGUAAGUAACUUUCUCUGCAAACAUUGGAAUUCAUAGAAAACUUGACCGCGGAAAAAGGUUUGUUUUCGUACGCAAUCUUCCGCAAAACUUUUCAGACAGAAUCAGCGACGCCCGAAGUAAAGGUCAUACUUGCAUAAAAAACACAUCACAUUUCAUAGUAUACAAGCCUUCCUUUAAGCUUAGAUACAUUGUGUAUUUGUUAGAGCCUACUAAUCUAAAUAUAGUGCUGUGUUCAUGUAGUUAUUUACAUGUAGCUGUACUGUGGUGGGUCAUUGAAGUGUUGUUUAUUUUACUCAUUUUGAAUUGCACUUUGUGAAUAGGUUGUGAGGUCUUUUACUUUGUGUGUGGCCACACUGUCAAUCAUUACUUUUUCUGGCUAAAGACCAAAAAAAACAGAUUGCAGCACAAUAUUUUGUUAAAUAAAUCAUGUUGAAAUAUUAAUACAUUUAGACUUUGGGAGUUUAUAACACGGUUGGAGUACAAAUGGUUGGAUUUCACAAAGCUACGCAGCAUACACACAACCACUAUGUAAUCUCAUAAUAUUAUUAUUUCCACUCAUAUAGUUUCAUAGGAUAAACAACUGUACAAAAAUAUAUAUUGAUUGUGCUAAUGAUAUAUUGCAAUCAUCUUGUAUGUAUAUCAGUUGCCCAAAAGAGGUUUAAAUAUUGCUUAUGUUGACUACUUGUGUCAUGCAACGCAAUGUCUGCUUUACUUGACAAAAUAAAAAAAUAUUUGGACCAAGACUUGGCAAUCAGGAGGCUAAGACAUGAACAUGUUCUUCAAAAGUUUAGCAACAGUUCUCAGUCCCGGUGGAUCUUAUACUAUGUUGGUCAAAUAUUGUCAUUCUAAAUGUUGUUUUAAUUAGAUAUGAAGUUAUAUAUCCCCUCCAAAAUAAUUAUGCUAUGUUAUAAACACCAAUCUGAAAAUGUCGCCUUUUUGGAUUUGUCAUCGCUACAUUCCUUCAUUGGCAGUCAGUCCAUCACUUGAACUCAUCACCAUACUCAUGAGCAGUUUUGCAUUGACCAUUUAUGGACACAAGUGGGAGAACACCAUGUUGAAGGAAGUCUUUAGUGUGGCCAUAAUUUAUCAUCAGAAGAGUGCCUAAAAGUCUACAAAGUAUGCUUUAAUUGAUCCGAUUUUUGAGGGAGUUUUUGCAUAUGUACAUUUUGAGAUUAGUGCGUAUGCAAUGUUUUGUUACGGAAUCAACGCACCAUUUUUUUUACAAAACCUAAAACCAGUGACGUUUGCACGUUGAGUAAAUCGUAACUAAAAACAGAAUACAAUG